AAUUUUUCUUCUUCCAAAUUUUAAUAAAAUUGCCAAGUUACUUUCAAAUAAAUAAUAAAAAAAAAAUUCGACAGUAUUUUUUUCAAAAUGGGAAUCAAUUUUUCAUCCUCAAGUAGUCAGAAAAAAACCGAGAGAUGGACAGUUGGAGAAUAAUCGAAAAAUGAAAUCAUCGCGUCCGAGUAGCCGCAGUAGGCAGGAAAAAUUUUGCGGCGCAACAAAUCCGUUUAUUAUAUUUUUUUUACGCCUGCGAAGUAGAAAAUCAAAUAUACCAGUGACGACAAUCGCGCGAAUCGCCGGUAAACGAUGGUCGCAAAUGAGUGCAAUGCAACGGCAAAAAUACAUUGAUCUCGCCAAUGACGAGAAGAAAAGGCGGCAAAAAAUUAAAAAGAAACGUCUCCAUCAAGUCAUGACCAAUAAUUCUAAAAAGCCAACAACGAGAAAGAAAUCAAUGUAUAAAAAUAAAUCAAGAUAGAGAAAAAAUCGUUUGAUAUUUAUGAUUUCCUUUUUAUUUGUUAGUAUUUUUUUUUUAUAACUAUGUACAAUAAAUAUUGAUGUAUUUUUACACUGUAUCUUAAAAGAAGUUACUUACAAUUUAGAAAUUAUGCUAAAAAACAGCGACUCGUCAUCGUGUCGCGUGUCCUCCGUUUAUUUAUUUUUUCUUUUUUCAAAUAUAAUAAAAAAUAAAAAAAAAACAACGAAAAAAAAAUUA